UGGCGGGGCGUAUAGGGGUUGGAAGGCUUGGCGCUGGCUCCAGGACUAUGGAGCCGCUGGCGCUGGAACGGCUAGUCUGGUGACUGCGGAGGUGGUAAGGCCAAAAGCGGGCGACGUCAGAGAAUCCUAUUCUAAGAACACCAUGGUGUUGGGUCGGAGACAGAAGAUGUCAGAUGAUGAUGCUUCAGAUGACCAUGGGGACUCUGGCAGUUUUGGUGCCAUCAACCCUGCCUACAGUGACUCCUCUCUUCCGCGAUCCACCGGGAACUCAGAGGAGCCCUUCACCACCUAUUUUGAUGAGAAGAUUGCCAUUCCUGAGGCGGAGUACUCUUGCUUUAGCUUCCGUAAACUCUGGGCUUUCACGGGACCAGGAUUUCUUAUGAGCAUUGCCUACCUGGAUCCAGGAAACAUCGAAUCUGAUUUGCAGUCUGGAGCAGUGGCUGGGUUUAAGUUGCUCUGGGUUCUUCUCUUGGCCACCAUCGUGGGACUCCUGCUGCAGCGCCUUGCAGCGAGGCUGGGAGUGGUCACUGGGCUGCAUCUUGCCGAAGUGUGUCACCGUCAGUAUCCCAAGGUCCCACGAAUUAUCCUGUGGCUGAUGGUGGAGUUGGCUAUCAUUGGCUCAGACAUGCAAGAAGUUAUUGGCUCAGCCAUUGCCAUCAAUCUCCUGUCCGUAGGAAGGGUUCCCCUAUGGGGUGGAGUUCUCAUCACCAUUGCAGAUACCUUUGUAUUUCUCUUUUUGGACAAAUAUGGCUUGCGGAAGCUGGAAGCAUUUUUUGGCUUUCUCAUCACUGUUAUGGCCCUCACAUUUGGAUACGAGUAUAUUACAGUGAGACCCAACCAGAGCGAAGUACUCAAGGGCAUGUUCGUGCCGUCCUGUUCAGGCUGUGGCACGCCGCAGAUCCAGCAGGCUGUGGGCAUCGUGGGGGCCGUCAUCAUGCCGCACAACAUGUACCUGCAUUCUGCCUUAGUCAAGUCCAGACAGAUAAACCGAGCCAAAAAGGAGGAAGUUCGAGAAGCUAAUAAGUACUUUUUCAUUGAAUCCUGCAUUGCUCUCUUUGUUUCCUUCAUCAUCAAUGUCUUUGUCGUCUCAGUCUUUGCCGAAGCAUUUUUUUGGAAAACCAACCAGCAGGUGAUUGAAGUCUGUAGAAAUAGCAGCAGCCCCCAUACUCACCUUUUCCCUGAAGAUAACUCAACUCUGACUGUGGACAUCUACAAAGGGGGUGUUGUUCUGGGAUGUUUCUUCGGGCCUGCUGCCCUCUACAUCUGGGCAGUGGGGAUCCUGGCUGCAGGACAGAGCUCCACCAUGACAGGAACCUAUUCUGGCCAGUUCGUCAUGGAGGGAUUCCUGAACCUAAGAUGGUCACGCUUUGCCCGAGUGAUUCUGACCCGCUCUAUUGCCAUCAUCCCCACUCUGCUUGUUGCUGUUUUCCAAGAUGUAGAACAUCUAACGGGGAUGAAUGACUUCCUCAACGUUCUGCAGAGCUUACAGCUUCCCUUUGCUCUCAUACCCAUCCUCACGUUUACGAGCUUGCGGCCGGUAAUGAGUGACUUUGCCAAUGGAAUAGGCUGGAGGAUUGCAGGCGGGAUCUUGGUCCUUAUCAUCUGUUCCAUCAACAUGUACUUUGUCGUGAUUUAUGUCCAGGAUCUAGGGCACAUGUUUCUGUACGUGGUGGCUGCUGUGGUCAGUGUGGCUUAUCUGAGCUUUGUGUUUUACUUGAUUUGGCAAUGCUUGAUUGCAUUGGGCAUGUCCUUCCUGGACUGUGGGCGCACGUACCACCUGGGAUUGACAACUCAGCCUGAACUCUACCUUCUGAACACCAUGGAUGCUGACUCACUUGUGUCUAGAUGACCGGCAGCCUGAGAGACUGUAUAGGAACCAUUUUUCUCUUAGUCCGCUUGUGCCAAGUGUCCUUUUAGCAUUAUCUCUGUUAGUUCAGAGGUGAGUUUUGUUCAAAUGUUUUGAACAAAAGGCAAAGAUUUCCUCAUGGGAAGGGUGUUAAAAGCUAACAGCUGUUAAGUGUAGGUCAGAGACCCACCCACUUCACGCCAGUCCUACAACAUCCAGAGUUAAUUGAUUGGCCUGUGAUGGCCACACACCCCAUGGGCUUGUGUCUUAACUGCUGGAAUUUUUAAAAUACAUAUGCGUAUGUAUUUAUGUAAUCCCGAACAUACCAGUUUGGGUAGAGUUUUAAGGUUAUAGAAAUUUAUAGAUCUUUUGUAUUUUUAAAAAACAUACUGUUCAGGCAAAUCAGAUACUUGUUUUGUCUGGAUCACCAAGUGAGAAAAGAAAGGGAGUAAAUGCUCUUUUUCAGCAUGAACUGGUCAAAUUGACUUACCUUUUAAAGUGGUGCUUGACUGUGGCCAGUUAAAUUUCAUUCAGUUUUAACCAGACCCUCAGUAACAACUGACACUAGCAUAUCAUUCUAAAGAAAACAUUUCUUAUGUUCAGCAGUCAUUUUUACUCUUUGUUUUCAGUGUGCUUUACAAUUGUUAGUCUCCGUUGCUUUUCUUGAAUUCUUUUUGAGAUAUGAUGGUAUUUUCCAAAGAGCUUAAUACCUAGUAACAAGAUCCAGAAACUAUAAUUAAUGAUCAGUUUCCCAUGCUUCAUUGUGUAAUGCAGCCUAUUCUAGCAUUCGUUUUCAGUAUAAAAAGAAGAAACAUCUAAUACUUAACGUUGUAAGUCCCAACAGAAGAUAAUGGAGGAAUUAGUUCUCUUUCUAAUAUUUGUAUAGUCCUACCAUAUCUUUUCUUCUCACUUUUCCCAUUAACAGUCCAACAUCAUUUCUAGGUCCAGAGCUUAUUUCUAGGAGGGGCUUAUAUUUCUCAUGUUGAAUCUCCUAGAGAAUGCUAAACAUUUUAUUUCAAGAUAUUUAUGCCAAGUAGUAGUAUGAGAUUAGAACUAGACUGGCCCUUGGAAGAUUAGCCCACAUGUCACAAAUGGCCUGCCUCCAUGUGGGUUAGAGACUUUUU